AUGUCACCCCCUCUCGACCCGAUUAAAAUAUUAUCUAAGAUUGGUCACCCCAACGAUACCAUACCUCCGCAAACAGCAUCAUGCGAUAGGCUGGUGAAGACUCCAGCUGACCUUCGGGCCAUCCGGCGACUGGUGUGUGAGUUCCUUAAGGCCAGUUCAUCCGAAAUUUACAGCAAUGUCCCCUCGAUCGUCUUGGAAUUCCUGCUCAACCGUCACGAGUCCGAGGAAUGGCCGAACGCAUCCACCGAAGAAGAACGGGCGUUGAUGCCUCCGCUAGGAAAGAAUUGGAUGACGAAGUUUACAAAUCGACGCACAGAAAUCGAAAGUGUAAUGGGUGCAAGGCUAUAUAAGGAGCGAUGGAACAGUGCUACUCGAGAAUCCAUGGAUGGUUCAAGACGGUGA